AUGACCGGGAACACUCCACUUGUUCCAGACAAUGGAACUGGAAUGUUCAAACUGGGAUACGCACAUGAACGGUUUCCUCGUGCAGUUCUUCCGACACUUCUUGGCACCCCAAAAUAUCCGUGUGUGCUAGUUGAUGAGCUAGCCGACCAUAUUUACGUUGGACAAGAGGCUCUCAAUAGGCAUGGAGUUCUGACGCUGUCCAAUCCAAUGAAACAGCGUGGUCGCCGACUGGGACGCACUAGCUGCCUUUGUGAAUACAUAUUCUCAAAAGACUUAAACGUUGAUAAGAAAGAACAGUCGCUUCUAGUCACCGUAUCCUCCUUUCUCCCGGCAACCCAGCGUGGAAAUUUGGUCACGAUAUUUUUCGAAACAUUUGAAGUUCCGGCGCUGUAUAUCAUUGAUCAAGCCUUGCUAGCAUUGUAUGCUUCUGGUAGAACCACUGGCCUGGUUAUCGAUUAUGGCGAAGGGUCCACAUGUAUCAUAUCGGUCUACGAGACUUACUACAUUAGUGCUGCAACGUGUUGUCACAUGGCUGCUGGAAACACAGUGACCCAGCAUUUGAAAUGUCUUUUGCCUGAGAUAGGUUGUCGAAUGUAUACAUCAGCCGAACAUGAAAUAGCCCGGGAAAUCAAAGAGCGGACGUGUUACGUUGCGAUGGAUUACCAAGAAGCGUUGAAAAUAUUCCUCACUGGUCAGAUACCACCAGAAGUGUAUUCUUUGUCAGAUGGACGUCAUCUCCGUCUCAUAUCUGAGCGUUUUCGUGCUCCUGAAGUCCUGUUCAGUCCCAAUCUUUUUGGAUUGGAAUUUCAAGGGAUCACUUCACUUAUAACAGGGUACAUAGACCGUUGUCCGACGGAUUUACAUUAA